CUGUUCAGAGCGAAAGGAGCACGCGGUGCCUUCGGUCGUGAGUCGCGCCAGCUAAAACGCAUUUUUUUUUCUUCUGUUCAUUCGUUUGGUCUCGCUGUUCGUGCGUGCGAGUGAGUGAGUGUGUUUGUACGUGUCCAGCGCGGCGGCAGCAGCGGCUUAAUUUAAAUUUCCAACCUUAGUUGUGUUCGAGAAACGUGACGCGAAGGAUGCUCUCCGAGGACCAGCGAGAAAGCAAGCAAGAAUCGGUUGGUCAGUGGCAAGUGUUGUGAGCCAAGUCGGAAAGAUUAGCGAGUUGUUAGGCGGCGAACAAAAGAACGACGUCAAAACCGCUAACGCUCAAACAAUAGGCCGACUCGGCUUAGAUCGGGCGCGCGCGCGUUUGUCGUGAACAUCCAAGUAGCCGGUGCGAUCUUCGCGAUCUAUUGUUCUCUCGGAUUAGCCGCUGAUCGCGUUCGUGCUCGCCACUUGGCGAAAAGUGACAGGUGUGAGGGCACGGAAAAAAAAUCAAGGGGUUACAAACUCCGAGAAAGUGACACAAAAAAUAAUUUAAAAGUCUCCAAAGGAUUAUCCCCUCGGUCAGAGUCUGCAGUGUCGGUGCCAAACAAACAAGAUAUCGCGCUCCUUAAGGGCCAUCGGCCGCGGAGGACGUGAGGUUUCGGCGGAAAUUUCGCCGCAAGGACGCAAAGAAGAAGGAAAAAUUAGUGGUUGGAAACUCUGGCGCACUGAAAAAAAAAAAUUAACACAAGAUUUUUGCACGAAUCCUCGUGGCGCGAACCGGUCACAGGUUCUCCACCAAAAAGUGUGUGUUUUUUUCUGCUGUAUGUGUCCCCCCCUCAAAAGUGUGUGUUAAGUAAAUUGGUGCUCCCUACACGUGCUACCCUGUAGAAAAACAUAAAAAAAAACCAGCAAAUUUUUGACCAGCUCAAGGCGCCUAGGCCGCCCCGCAAGUCCAACCGGCACGACGGCCGCAGCAGUGGCACCCCCGGCCGCAAUCCUGCAGCACCAGCCCGCGACGACGACGUCCGCCACGUCGCCACUUGUCCCGCAUCACCCCCACUCCCACAACAUCCUGCAGCCCCACCACCACCACCAUCAGCAGCCACCGCCGCCGCCGCCCCCGCGUGCCGCUGCAGCAGGCUGGGAUUGUAAUUUAUACUCCCGCACCACGACGCACUUCAAGAUGAUGAUGGCGACGAAGGGCAAGCGGCCGCUGCGCCACUUGACCGCCACCGACAAGAUCGACGCCAUCCAGCGGAUCCACGACGGCGAGUCGAAGGCCUCGGUCGCGCGGGACAUUGGCGUGCCCGAGUCGACGCUUCGCGGCUGGUGCAAAAACGAGGAGAAGCUGCGCUACAUGAGCCGACAGUCGGCGGAGAACGCGGACAAGUUGACGAGUGAGGCCACGGCGGCGGCGCUGACGGCGGUCGCCGCGGCGGAGCUGUUCAAUGGGCCACCGGAGAAGCGGAUGAAGCUGGAGCAGGGGCUGUUUGGGAAGAAGUAUGAUGAGAGCUUUUACAAGAGUCCGAGGGGGAUGAACGGGCUGGAUUUGAGCGGGGGCGGGGAUAAGGGGCUGGGGGUGAGCGGGGGUGAUAUCAUUAUGAAUGGGCUGCACGGGGCGGAUUUUAGCGCGUUUGCGAAGACGGCGGCGGAGAUAUCGGCGAUGGGGAAGGCGAAGGACCGGUACGGAGCGGAUUUGAGCCGGAAUGGAGGUGGGGAUCCGGGGAAGGCGGAACUGUCGAUGGCGGCGAUAUCGCCGUUGACCAGCUUAAGUCACCUUUCGGGGAUGGGCGGGCUGGCGCAGAGUCCGCUGGCGUUGAGUUUCAACGAGAUUGCGACAAACUUGAACUUGAUAGCGCAGUUGAACAACAAUCACAAUUUGGCGACGAUGUCGAACUUGGGCGGAUUGACGGCGGCGCAGUCGUUGAGGAAUGCUAGACCUAAGGGGAAUGCUAGUCAGAGUCCACGGGCGAGUUUGCCGGAUUCGUCGGGGAGUGGCGGUGGAACUCCCGGGGACAAGUCGACACCGUCGUUGACGGUGCGAAAUUUGGCGAAAUUGCAGCAGAAAACGUCGAGCGAACUUCAGAACAACGGUCGUGACCCAAACGCCCCCGUCGACGAAGCGCUCUGGUACUGGCUCAAGUCCCAACAAGCCAUGCUCGGGUUGAACAAUCUGUACUCGCAGAUGCCCCGUCCGUCGAGUCCGCAGCAACCGCAGUCAACGCCACCGACGACAACGACGACCCAGCAGCAGCAACCGCAGAGUUCAACGCCACCGACCGCGACUCCACCGAUCGUGUCCACCCCGCAGCCAACGCCGCCCUCGUCCGCACCCUCGCUCACGCCCGAGGAUACCAAGAACUCGUCCUGGUUCUGGCAGUGGUACAAAACGUUCGGCGCCUCGCUCAUGCCCGGCGACAAGUCCUGCAACAACAACUCGAUCAACGCCACCAACGCCAACAACUCCAAGUACGAGAACAUCCUCUACUCACAGCUCACCAAAGGUCAAUCUCCGCCGACCACGGCCGACUCGCUCAACAACAACGCUCAACCCAUCAACCUGAACAUCAGCUCAAACGGCGUCGUCGAUCAUCUCAAGUCCGAGCCGGAAGAUCUCUCCACGACCACCAACCCGUCGAUGCUCCCGCCGGAAGACCACACCCGCUUCAACCCGAGCCCAUCCACAAGCAUCAAGUCCGAGCUGAAGCCCGAAGUCGACGAGGACGAAGACGAAGACGACGAGGUCGCCAAGUGCAACGGCGCCAACACCGCCGUCAAGCAGGUCCUGGACAACCUCCUGUACAGCCAAAGCAGUCCCGGCCCGGUCGCCACCGCCCCCUCCCCCCUCUCGCCCUCAAGCUCAACGCACGAAAACGGGCACGCCACUCCGACGCCCCUGGCGGACGACCUCAAGAGCACCUGCUCGGAGGACACCGACCUGAAGAGUUCCGCCGAGGCGGUCGAGCAUGGUGAAAAGUUCCUCAAGUGGCUGGAGGCGUGCAGCGAUCCGAACGUGACGGCGAUGCAGGUCAUGCAGUUCAAGUAUCUGCUCAACAGCAUCAAGCUGAGCGCGGAGCGGCAGAACGGAGGUGGAGAGGAGCGAACACGGCGGCGGAGAAAGUAAGAAGUUCUCGCUCUUUUUUUCCUGUAAAUAGUCCAGUCCUAAAUCAAAAUCAGCUGAACGCGAAAAGAUAUCAUUAGCACAGAGCAGUAGAGACGAACAGCAGCAACUCCCUAACGAAAUAAGUAGUUAAAUUUUUGCCCCAUUUUUUAUGAAGUCUAUUAUUUUUGUUUUUACCUCUAUAUAUUUCAUUAUUUGAUAUAUAUAUUAUAUUGCCGAAAGCAGAAAAGAUUGCUAUUUAUCAAACACAAACUAAACUCUGACACUCUCGUCCGUGUAAAUAAAAGUCGCCCCUCGUUUUUUUUGUCGAAGAAAAAAAACCUCCACUCAAGAGAGAAGAAGAAACAUGCCAAAUGUACAAGUUAUCGAAAAACUAUUAAACCCGCGUAAUACUUGCUCUAGGAAAGCAACAUUAGAAAGGAAAUCCCCCCCGUAAAUGUAAGAAGAUCCAAACACAGAAGAGAAACGAAAUUUGUGAAAAACUAUGUAAGCGAAAAAAAAUCACAUAAAAAAAAAAAUGCCCAAACUAACAACAAACACACACAAAAAAGAAAACAAGUGAAACACAGAUCUCGUUUAUUUGUUAAUUAAAAGCGCAGCUCAAACAAAAAAUGGUGUGACGAAAUGAAAUCAAAUACUCAAAACAGUCCAAAGAAUAAACAUUCACACACACACACACCCACACAAACACAACUAUUUUAUGUCUCUCAAACACGUUUAGGAAAAUGAUACAGGAAAAAUCGAAACAAACAAACACAAGAAAUCUAAACAUUCCCCCCGGGGCGCGUUUCCGGAAGCGAAGCGAACCAAAGCUCAGAAGAAAAACAGACAAAAUCAAUGUGAUUAUCUAAAUAUUCCUAACAAAAGAAAAAAAAAACAAGAUGAGCGAAACGUGAGCAAAA